AUGUCUCUGGCCGGCCAGUCUAUACCCGUCAGGGAGUCGGUACAUUCCACAACCCGCCUGGACGGUGUUACCUCCACCACGGACCAACACCAAACACAAAGGGCCUCUUAUAGAGAUUCGCUCCCCAACGCACCACGCCCACCCGUCUACAACGACGACGCCUUUAACGAGAACGAGACGGCAAAGAUGUACGGCGACUACUACGCAGAAAUGACGGGCCCUUCUCCCAAGAAGGACCAGUCCGCACAACAAAAACCUCCCGCCCUGCCCGCCAAGAGCUCACUGAGGGCCUCGAGACUCCUCGACGGCAUGCCCCUCAAGAUUAUCACCAACCAACCUCCACAGGCUGCUCCCCAAGAGAUUUACCUCUCCUCGGAAGAGGAGGCUUCCUCCUCUGCCGACGAGUUUUCAGACUACGACUACGAGUCGGAGAGCGCAGAGUCGGCCGACUCGCCUGUCCGCAAGAGCCACGAGGACACGGCACGCGUAGUAUCUGUCGUCUACGCCGGAAAGCCUUCUAUUAUCGACCUCCCCUCCACGAGAAGAUCAGCAACCCCCGAGUCGAUCGAUUCCCAGCCCCUAAGCCGCCUCGACACCUCAUCAACAGCGCCCCCGUUGCGGAGAAUGUCGACAUCGUCCACCUGCGCUGCUUCCUCGUACUCUCCCGUCUACUACCCGCCCCGGUCCAGCAGCAUGAUGAUCACCAGCAGCAUGCUUCCCAAGGAGAAGCCUGCGUUUCUGAGCAUCGACCCUUACGCCAGCAAGUCGUUUGACGAGCGGGCGGAGCAGCAGCAGCAGGCCGAGGGUGAGCGGUCCGAGAGGCCCAGGACCCCAACCUCGCAGCUCUUCAAGAGGACGCUCAGCAUCGUCCGCAAGCGCAGCCGCCCCCAGCUCAAGGAGAUCGCCGCCAACAACUCUUCGCGGGACCGCCUGUCCUCGCCGUCGCUGGGCCACCUACCGUUGUCUGCCAACCCGGACAUCAAGGAAGAGUCGGACAAGGGCCCCAACAGCCCCUGGGCCGCCGUCAGCUACCACGAUAUUAUGCGGGCGGCCAGGAAGAACGCGCAGAACGCGCCCCCAACCCCAUCCACCCCUGUUGCGCCGUCGCCCAGCUCGCCGGCCGGCAACACGAGGAGUCGACUCCUCAGCGGCCUCACCAACCGGAGAAAGAGCAUGAGAGUGGGCUAG